UCAGCUGACUGGGAGUUCUUUACAUAUUUCUUUGUAUUGUAUGUAUAUUUUUGUUUUAAGCCCUCAGCUGUUCUACGUAAUGAAAAUACGUACGUUAUAAUAAUCUUUGGUGUGUAUACGUUGAUGGACAGAGUUCCUGAUAGUCUUUAGGAAUGGUGGUAAAAAUAGGCCAUGUAAUUCUUGUAAACAGUUGCUCAUAAUUUAUAACUCACAUCAACGUGAUUAAUUUUUCAUUCAAAAACAUUGAGAUUAUAAUACAUAAGAUAACUGUGAUUUAAAUAACCAUAAUGUCAAAUGAAGAUCGAUUGCGGACUUUAUUCUCUGAUUUAGGAAAAGCAACACUUCGUGGUGUAAAAAAAUGCCCAAAGUGUGGGACGUAUAAUGGAUCACGUGGAUUGUGUUGCAAAAAUAAAUAUUGCGAUGCUGUGUUUAAAGAACCAGGCGAAAGGCGUAAAAUGUCAACAGAAGCAUGCAAACUUAUUACUGGUUCAUCUGUUCAAGUAUUUUCAGUAAGGGUUCGUGAUAAGGGACCGGAUUGUAGAGGCUUCGUACAAGUACCUGUCAACGCAACAAUAUUUAAUGAUUCAUUUUUUACAUCACCCACAUCAGCUUUAUGUUUGGUCGAUAAUUGUGAAAAAACCUUUGAUACUAAUGUCCUAAAAUGUCAUGAAAAAAAUCCAUCUGAUACCAGUAUACCAACAUGCCAACAUAUCCAAGCUGCACUCAAGUGUUAUGCUGAGGCUCAACCUUUGACUGUAAAGAAUUCCAUUUUAAGGUCGAUGAAUGUUUUAAGUGAAUUAAAGCAGGAAAUAUGGCUGCUGGCAACUGAAACACCAGGUCCAUUAGUACAGAGAGUAUCAAAGAAUAUUAUGGCUGUUAAAUGCAAGGUCUCACCAAAGCAUCCUCUUGGAUAUUUACAUUUAUCGUUUUAUACAACAAAAGUUAAAGACAAAGUCGAGCAUAAGUAUAAUUGUAGUUGUACUCCUUUUAAGCAACAUUUAAGAGCUGCAGAAUUACAAAAUAAUAGCAAUAAUAGUAAUAAUCGUACGGAUUUAUCACAAACACCCAAAAGAUGUGUACAUUUUUACUCCUGUAUUUGUGCCUUUGCCAGUGAUGUUAAACUGGCGGAUGAAUUUGAAUAUUAUAUAAAUAUUGAUGAAAAUGAAUCGAAAGUACAGCAAUUAAAAAAUCCGUCUUUGCCAGUCGAUGAGACUGAUCAAAUAGUUACAAUGGAUUUUGAUUGUUUAACAGAUGAUUCUCAUUUAUUAAUUUUUCGUGAUGAAACACUAACUGUACAAAAUUUCGAUGGAGAACGAUUAGAUAUAGAUUAUAUUAAUCUAGACGCUGCAAUUUUAUCUAGUAAUAUUGUUGAAGAGAUUGAUACAAGCUGCCAGCGUACUUUAGUAGAAGAAAAUAAUGUUAUUAAUCAAACCAAUAGUUUAGGAGACAAUAAACAAUCAUCGAUUGAUACUUCAAAAACAAUUAAUAGUCAAUUAGCUAUCGAACAUAAGUAUGGAUCCAACGAAUACGUAUUAGAUGAACAUGAUUUAAAACUAGUCAACAAUAAGUAUACAGCCAAAAUAUAUGAUGGACAGACGCUGUUUGAGGCUAAAAAUAUUAAAAUACUCGAAGAUGCUUCUAUUAUUGAUUGUGGAGGAGUUAAAGUUAUUAAUGAUAAUCUACUGCCAAAUGAAGUAACUAUACAAGUUGAAAAUUCUAAAGCAAGUUCUGUUAAAAGGAAAAGAGAUGAUGAAAAACUUGGCAUACCUUAUUUGAAUCUUAAUAAUUUAAAUUUAAUUGAAACCAAAAAAGUUAAAACUAAACCAACGAUUAUUAAAAAACAUGAUUACUUGAAUGAAAAUGUUGAGGAAGAAAAUGUUAACUUGUCUUUUAUCAAGUGGCUUGCUUCAGUUACUGAAAGAAUAAACCAAACAAUGCAUUUUCAGUUUGAUGGUAAGCCUGAACCGUUGGUUUUUCACGUACCUCAAAUAUUUUUCGACUGUCUGAGAGAACGAAUUUCUUGUGGUGGAAAGAAAAAAAGAUUACCAAAUUCAACAACAGCAUUUGUCAGAAAAGAUGGAAUCCCUUUAGGAAUUUUUACCAAGUAUACUUGGCAAAUAACCAAUAUAUUACAUGUCAAAAGUAUUUUUGAAACUUCUUUGAUUCCUCUUGAGAUUACUCGUAGCUUUAUACAAAAUGCUGAUGGCACGUAUGAUUUAUAUAAACGUCAAGAAACAGAUAUUGAUAAAUAUAAAAAAAUGGAAAAUAGUGCUUUAAUAAAACCUUCAGAGUUGAAAACUUAUCUAAAAGUUGGUAAAAUGUCUCCAAAUCAAGUAGAUCCAACUCCAUUCCUAAUAGAAUGGAUACCCGAUAUCUUGCCAAUUUCAAAAAUAGGUGAACUACGAAUAAGAUUUGAAUUUGGUCAUGUGAACAACGAGACACCAGAUAGAUGGAAGACCAAUGUGGCAUCAUCGAAAACAUUUUGAUAAAGAAAAUUUAAUAAUAUUCAUUCAGUUAUUUAUACCAAUUAAAUAGUUAUCCAUAAUUUUGUUAAAAAAUAUGAUUCCAAAACUUGUAAAGGAUUUAGAAAGUUAAAUGUUUUCCAAA